AUGUUUUAUCAAGUGCUGGUUCGUGAGUCAGAUUGCACAAUGUUUCGUUUUUUGUGGCGCGAGCCUGGAACCGAAGAUCCUAUUCAGGAAUUCCAGAUGACGAUGGUGCACAUUUUCGGUGCUGUCUCAUCGCCAACGGUUUGCCGCUUUGCCCUUCAGCACCUUGGAAAGGAUGCUCCCGAACACCUGAAGGAAGUCGCGAGGCGUAUUCGUUCCAGCUUUUAUGUGGACAACCUGUUGUCGUCGUUCGACGAAGUGGAUGAAGGCGUUUCCAUCAGUCAGAAGCUGGUUGAACUACUCAAGCUCGGUGGUUUCGACCUCGUCCAGUUUCUGAGCUCUUCGCGUUCGUUGUUGGACCAACUUCCGUCUUCCUCUCGUCUGGUUCCCGAGCUCGAUCUAGAUUUCGACGGUUUGCCCACCGAGCGCACGUUGGGGUAUCUGUGGAGUUGUGAGCGAGACGAGUUCGUUUUUCGUUUUAAGAAGACAGAAGAGGCCUUUUCAAAACGCUCGAUUCUUUCUGCAAUUUCGAGCAUCUAUGAUCCCCUUGGUCUCCUAGCACCCGUCGUUUUGGUGGCGAAAAUCAUCCUUCAGGACAUCUGGCGACUCAAAGGUGGCUGGGAUGAGAUUCUGCCCGCCGAUAUUCUGAAUCGUUGGGGGCGCUUUGUGGAACAUCUGCCGAUGCUCGAACUGCUGAACAUUCCGAGAAGUUUCUUGACUAGUCCCCAGUCGGCGUAUCGUUCUUUUCAGUUGCACGCUUUUUCGGACGCAUCGAAAGACGGUUUCGGCGUUGUAAUUUAUCUUCGAGCUGAAACCUCUGGCGAGGUCGAAGUCUCUUUCGUAAUGGCCAAAGUGAGAGUUGCUCCCAUCCAUCAGCUAUCGAUUCCGAAGAUGGAGCUUCAAGGUGCUUUGCUAGCAGUCAGACAUGUUCCUGGUGUACUUAACCCAGCAGACGAAUGCAGUCGUGGUCUCUGUCCGUCCGAGCUCGAUCCAAAUCAUCGCUGGUACCGUGGACCUGAGUUUCUAGUUUUGCCACCCGAGCAAUGGCCGGCCCAGAUUCCAGCUACUGAAUUGAUCGAUCACGAAGACGAGUCUAUUGGCUGUUUCCUAAUCGCCAAUCCUAGCGGGCCAGUAGAUGACGUUGUGGCACGAGCCGAUAAUCUACAUCGCCUAAUUCGCAUCGCCGCUUGGAUUGAAAGAUUCGUUCGCAACAUCCAGAUCCUCGUUCAUCGGAGACGUGCCAGAGAAAGGUCUAUUCUGGAUAGCAAUCAUGAAGAAGCAGCGACCGGACAAAGUGAGCAGUUGAAAACGGGCCGGCAGCAGAGUGCGGACGAGCUGAAGUCAGCCCGUCUCCUUUUAAUUCGUGUUUCGCAGCGCGACUCCUUCCCUGACGAUUUAAGCAGUUUGCGGAAGGCGAAGUCCGUUCGCCCGGAGUCUCGGUUGCUGAAACUGGCCGUUUAUCUAGAUGACGCCGGAAUCAUUCGUGUUGGUGGCCGCCUCGAAAAUGCCCCCAUCAGCGCUGAAGCCCGUCAUCCUGCCGUUCUGGAACCCAAGCAUCCGCUCACCCGAUUGUUCAUACGCUGGGCGCAUAUUUCCGUGGCUCAUGGACGAGCUGAUCGUACUCUUGCGGAAGUUCGUGCUCGCUACUGGGUUUUGAAAGGACGCGAAGCGACAAAGUCGGUCAUCACGACUUGCAUCUACUGUUCCCGCAUGAGAGCCAAGCCGUUUCAGCCGAUGAUGGCCCCGCUUCCAGCGGAGAGGGUCCAACCGUUCAGCCCUCCAUUUACCCGUAUUGAAGUGGACUACCUCGGUCCCUUCCCUAUUUCAAUUGGCCGGCGAACAGAAAAUCGUUGGAUUGCACUUUUUACCUGCCUCUCCACCCGUGCUAUCCACCUCGAAAUUACCCCGUCCAUGGAUGUGGAUUCCUUUUUAAUAGCUUUUACCCGUUUCGUCAGUCGUCGGGGUGCCCCGACCGAUGUUUUUAGCGACAACGGUACCAAUCUGACCGCAGGAGAGCGUGAGCUGCGUGAGGCGGUUACCCGCCUUAACGAUGUGAAAAUCGCUGGCCAACUUGCUCGGAAAGAAAUUCGUUGGCACUUCUCCCCGCCUGCUGUCCCGCACUUCGGAGGUGUUUGGGAGCGUCUGGUUCGCUCGUGCAAGGAGGCCCUGCGCGCUAUCCUGGGUCAGCAGACGGUGAAGGAGGAAACCUUUGCAACGGUCGUCAUCGAAGUUGAGGGCUUGCUCAACAAUCGACCGUUGACGGAUCUAGGUGCGGACCCGCAAGAAUUCGAGCCGUUAACCCCGAAUCAUUUUUUGUUGGGGCGCCCCAAUCCCCACUUGCCCGCUGACGUCAUCGACCCGGAAAUCUAA